CCCUGCAGUUGCAGUCGUGCUCCCCGCGGUCUUCUCUCUCCCAGCGCCGCCGGGAUGGCCUCCCAGAACCGCGACCCCGCCGCCGCCAGUGUCACCGCUGCCCGCAAAGGAGCCGAGCCCAGCGGGGGCGCUGCCCGGGGCCCCGUGGGGAAGAGGUUACAGCAGGAGCUGAUGACCCUCAUGAUGUCUGGUGACAAAGGCAUUUCUGCCUUCCCCGAGUCAGACAACCUUUUCAAGUGGGUGGGGACCAUCCAUGGAGCCGCUGGCACGGUAUAUGAGGACCUGAGGUAUAAGCUGUCCCUGGAGUUCCCCAGCGGCUACCCCUACAACGCGCCCACCGUCAAGUUUCUCACACCCUGCUACCACCCCAACGUGGACACACACGGCAACAUCUGCCUGGACAUCCUGAAAGACAAGUGGUCCGCGCUCUACGACGUCAGGACCAUCCUGCUGUCCAUCCAGAGCCUGCUCGGAGAACCCAACAUCGAAAGCCCUUUGAACACACACGCUGCUGAGCUCUGGAAAAAUCCUACAGCCUUCAAGAAAUACCUGCAGGAGACCUACUCCAAGCAUGCCUCCAGCCAAGAGCCUUGACGCGGGGCCCGCCCCGCCUCCUGUCAGCAUCUGUUCUUCCACUCGGCCGUCUGUCCUCCUCC